AUGAAGGUAUUGACCCAUCUUUGUCUGCUCAUUGGGGCCUCGAAUGCCUUCGAGUUCCCAUUUGCCAUCCCAUUCUUCUCCGCAAAAGUCCCGUCCGUCCAAGUUGAUUCUCCUCCGUUAAAUGUGACCCCACGAAUUGCUAUCAUCGGGGCAGGAGCAGGGGGAUCGUCGGCUGCAUUCUGGAUAUCGAAAGCAAAGGAACGGUUUGGCUUGGACGUGGAGGUUGACGUGUAUGAGCAAUCGUCGUAUAUUGGCGGUCGCAGCACCGUUGUCUACCCUCACGACGACACAAGUCUACCACACAUCGAGCUUGGUGCUUCUAUCUUCGUAAACGCGAACAAAAACAUGUGGAGAGCGUCGGAGGAGUUCAACCUUACACGCGACGACUUCAGCGCGGAGGACAACGACCUAGGAGUUUGGGAUGGCGAGAACAUACUGCUCUCUUUUGCUGGUGGAUGGUGGGACACGCUCAAGCUCAUGUGGCGAUACGGCGUGCUCUCUCCUAAACGCGCCCAAACUAUUGUUGAUCGCAUGGUUGCCCAAUUUCAACGCCUGUAUUCGGACAAGACGCUGAAUUGGGACAACAUUCAAGAUAUAGCGAGCUCGUUUGGCUGGGAUGAGCUAGUCGCGCAGACUGCGAGCGAGUACUUGCAAAGCAAGGGAAUAACAAGGAAAUACGCGCAUGAGUUUGUUGAGGCUACAACACGUGUGAACUAUGGCCAAAAUGCUGACUUCAUCCAUAUGCUCGGAGGUGCUGUCGGUCUUGCCGCUACUGGUGCUGUGGGAAUCAAAGGAGGGAAUUUCUUGGUCUUUGAGCAGUUUUUGAAAAGGUCAGGCGCCAAUGGGCACUUGAAUACGACUGUCCUGAGCAUUACCCACCACGAUUCAUCCCACGACUGGACGGUUGAGACCACGUCUGGCACCAAACGCUAUAGAGGCGUAAUUCUCGCAGCACCCUACCAUUCCUCGAAAAUACAACUCCCUUCUACGCUCGCCUCCCAAAUCAAACCCCAGCCAUAUGUCCACCUACACGUUACCCUCCUUACUACCAACUCUUCUACAUUCAACCCAACGUACUUUAACUUGCCGCUGUCUUCCAAAGUCCCGGGGAUGAUGCUCACGACCGAUGAAAAUAGACGGCAGGGUGGUAGGGGCCCCGAGUUCAACUCGAUUUCAUAUCAUGGUAAAGCCGGCGAGAACGAGUGGGCGGUGAAGAUAUUCUCCAAAGAGAGGGUGUCGGACGAAUGGUUGGAGAGAAUAUUCCCAGGUUCGGUGACCUGGGUGUUUAGAAAAGAGUGGGAUGCUUACCCCGAACUCCCACCCACGGACUCAUUCCCGCCUGUAAAACUCGACACUGGUUUCUACUACGUCAAUGCUUUCGAACCGUUAAUGUCAACUAUGGAAACCGAAACAAUCUCAGCACGUAACAUUGUCGAUUUAUUGCUCAACGAGCGAUUUGGCUCGAGCAUCUGCGGACGCCGACUAUCAGCUCAUGCCGAGGAGGACUCAGGGACUUCUGCUCAAGCACCGCUUUCAUCUUCGAACACCGAUACAGACUUCGUCUAUGGUUGGGAUUGCUGA